AUGAGGCUGCUGCAGAAGAUCUGCAAUGAUAUCUUUACACAACUUCCAACAUCCUCUCAGAUGUGCCUCAGCCUAACAGGCAAAGAGCUUUACAGCAACUACUUUGUCAAGAACAAGGAUCUUAAGGGAGCCCUCAACGUCACACACAAUGUACUACAGCCUCUGGAAAAAGACCUACCAGGCUACUACUUCUGUAGCAGCUGCAUCGAGCUUCACAGAUGGAAGCUUCAUGAAGGUGGUUCGCUUCUCUCUAUUGACCAAUGCGAGCGAAAGCCUGGCACGGUGGAACUGCAGCUGCCCUCACAGAGACACGUCAGCUACACACUGGAUUGGCGCAGCGUCAGGAUUGCACACUUGUUACAGAUGUACGGCGAGGGGCACGAAUGUCAGAGUGCCCUGCUGCACGAACAUUGGGAGGCAAAGUUUGUUCAGGGAAAUCUGCUUCUGCGUACGACGUAUACUCUGACAAGCAGAGCUGUCGCCAAUGAGCCCUGGAAGGAAAUAAUGAACUCCCUCCUGGCAGAGGGGCUUGAUUACCUAGAAUCGAGCAAAAUCACGCUCGUUUGCUUCGAUUCGCCCCUCACAAGUGUUCUUCUACGCGCAGCAAAGUUCGAUUUUGACUUGAAGUCUGUCGAGGAGGGACCUGUCUCCUACCCAAGGUGGCUUGAAUACAGCGCAUCUCAUGAAAUCAGAAGGAUUCGAGAUGCAGAAACCGGCGGAUGGAAGAUUGUAAUCACGGCGUUUCGUAACCUUGACCUUAGGCAAAAGUCCGACCAAGAAACGGUGGUGGCAUUUUCUGGAUGGGAUAAUCUUGAGUUCCAGGCAGAUGGCGCAUCUCUUUGGAGGAACGAUGAUGCAAGUUGCAAGGACUAG